AUGGAUCAGCCGAAUCAGAACAUGAGACAACGUAGGUGGCUUGACAUGGUCAUGGAUUUUGACUGCGACAUCCUUUACCACUCGAGGAAAGAAAAUGUGGCCGUUGAUUCUUUGAGCAACAAGUCGGAUAGUUACUCGGUUGGCAGUUUAUGUAUGAAUAUUUCGAUUGAUUCGCCACUUCUGGAUUUGAUUAGGGAGGCACAGGUCGAGGGGGUCAAGAAGGAGAAUUGGAAACAGGAGAGGAUUAGUGGAGAGAUUGACAGGUUCUCCACUGACAGUCAUGGAUUGUUGAUCCGGUAUGGUCGGGUUUGGGUACCGGAUUUUGGUGGGAGCAAACAAACUGUGCUGGAGGAGGCACGCAAGUCUAGAUUUUCAAUACACCCUGGAGCCACCAAGAUGUAUCGAGAUUUGCGACUCAGUUACUAG